CCUCCAUGCUUGAAUGGUGUGAAUCGUAAAAGAGACCACAUUGAAGAUUCUCACCAAUCCAGGCUUGCAUACGUCGGAACAGUUGCUUGCUCAACAUGGCAGACAAAUCGACUCCUCACGUAGUUUUAUCUGAGCCUCUGGUAAGGCGGAGGAAGUUUAAUUGACAUCCUGGAUCACCAAAUACGGCUAACGAUCCAUCCUGCAGGAGAUUGGAGAUGCCAAAUGGAUGACAUUGGUCAAGAUUAACUACAGAGACGUCGAUGGUAAGGAACGCGUCUGGGAGGGAGUAGAGAGAAAGACGCGCGCGGCAGGCAGCUCCGUCGACGCGGUCCACAUCAUUGCCGUGAUAAAGAAAGACACUGGCCUAGAACUUCUUCUUCAGCGGCAAUUUCGCCCAGCUGUUGGCAAAGUCUGCAUCGAGCUUCCCGCGGGGUUGAUCGACAAAAAUGAAACAGUCGAGCAGUGUGCGGUCCGCGAACUCGCUGAAGAGACAGGAUACGUCGGUACCGUCAAGCCGAAUCCUGGAAAUCGUCGCAAGCUUUAUGGUGCUCCUGGCUUCUCCAACUCCUGUUCUGUGAUGAUCCAUGUGGAUAUUGACAUGGGGGCAAAGGAAAACCGCAAUCCAAAGCCGCGCCUGGAGGAAGGAGAGUUCAUAGAGUGUUUCUCACUGCCCUUGGACAGUCUCCAUGUCGAAUUGGAGAGGCUAGAGAUCGAUGGUUUUGCCAUCGAUGGAAGACUUGGAUCUUUGGUGGAGGGGCUUCAAAUGUCUCAAACGUGGCAGGCUUAUGACUGAACGACUAGAGAAAGCACCAAAGAUGACCAGUAUCUCUGAUCUGGUUGAGCAUACACUCUUUUAGGUAAUUCAACAACCUUUUCCUUUCUUUCUUUCCCUUUUUUUUUCUUUUUUGAAGUUACUGGUAGUCUACCUUGAAUCCCUGGGCUCAAU